UGUCCGAGGAAGCAAUAGAGUUGGGUGAUCUGCGAAGUGGUUUACGAGCAGGGGUGGGGCGAGAUUUGGAGCGAGGAAGGAGAAGAACGAGGAGGAGGAGGAGCUGAUGGAGGAGUAAUGUUGUGGGUGGUGGUGGCUGAAGUGAUGCAGGCGUGACUGCAGAGAGUGGGUGGGUUGGGUCAGGAAUCGUGGUUUUGGCUUUCGUGGCAGGCGCGAUGGUGGGGGAGAGGUGGACGGUUGUGGCAAUCGCAGUCGCAAUUUUGCCGCUUCUUGCAUCGUUGAAGGAAGCUGGAGCGGUGACAGAUCCCUUCCGGAGAGACCCUGGGCACCCACAAUGGCAUCAUGGCAAUUUCCAAGACCACAAGGACAAUGUGCGGAGGAUGACUCACGAGUUGCUUCACUCUCGUGCGCAGGUUCCAUUUCCAGUGGCACUCGAGGUCAACGUUGUUCUGAUUGGGUUCAUGAACGAUGGGGGUUAUCGAUUCCACCUGGAUCACGACAAAUUGCAUCAGCACAUGAAGUCAAGUUUUCCUACGCAUCGACCCUCUUGUAUGGAAACGGGCGAAAUGCUGGACAUUGAAUUCGACAUAAGUUACAAUAUCGUACCUGUCGGCCGAACGGAACUCCUUGCGACGGAAUAUGAAAUCAGGGAGAAGAUGGUAGAGAAAGGUGUAGCUAGAGAGAGUGAAUUUGGUAAGGAAGUUCCAUGUUUUGAGGUCGAAGCAACAGCAGUGGAACCAACUUUUAAUAGGCUCUAUAGUUACUUGUUUGGACUUCCGGCAGAUGCGAGUGCGGACCUUGACCCUAACAGAGCCUUACCAAACGCAAUUUUCAUACUCAACCUCGACAAGGCCCGGAUGGACCCGAAAAAUAUGACCGGAGAACCCCUUGGUUUUGACAGCCUUUCCGAACUCAAUGCUGAGCAAUUUCAGAACCAAGAAGCUGGCUAUGUUUAUCGGUAUCGGUACAAUGGAGGUGCUGCCUCGCAAGUCUGGCUUAGUCACGGAAGGUAUGCGGUAAUUGACAUUUCAGCGGGACCUUGCUCAUACGGGAGACUGGAAUCAGAGGAAGGGAGUGUAGGACACAGAACAGUACCCAGACUCCAGCACCUUUUACUUCCUGCGCGUAGUCCCGUUGUCAACCCUUCCUUGGUAGAAGACGUUUUUUGUGGUCAAAUAUCUGGAACAAUAGUGUCUGCUCUGGAGCACGUCAUCGCCCCAGAUGUCAGGUUUGAAACUGUUGAUGUAUCAUCACGCUUGUUGGUGCCCAUUAUCGUUCUGCGAAACCAUUUGCAUUAUAGCGUACUUCAACCUGGAAAUAACCACAGCAUAGAUGUGGAUGCGAUCAGACAUCAGGUGAAGGGGAUGCUGCAGCCUCGGCAAGAAGUUAUGGUUGUGGCAGGGAUACACAGUUUACAUGAUCAUGAACGCCUGGCCAUGGCUGUGGCAAAAGCCAUGCGAGGAAUGUCCACUCAUGACACACGGUCAGAUGGCCGCUUUCACGUUAGAACCUUGACCUUUCUCGACGGAGCUGUGCUGCGAGAGGAAAUGCGACACUCUGCUGAUGUACUUGCUGCAGGAAUUCUAGAAAUGGCUGACCCAGAACUUUCUACGAGGUAUUUCAGACACAGGCAACCACAGCAUGGCUGGGAGGAACCGCCCAAAAAUGAAGAGGGCACUGUGGUAAAAUCACGCCAGCUAAGGUACCCAUACGGCAAAAAGAGUGCACAGGAAAAGGAUGCCAAAAGGACUGGUCGAGAUCGCAAGCUUUCAGACUUGGUAGCACCAGUUUCUAAGUCUCACGGUACCCGAGUAAUCCCUGUAUUUGUCUUGUCUUUGGAGGGAGUGGAUCCACAGCUUCUGAUGGAAGGAGAAAAUCUCAUGUGGGUGAGUCAUGACGCUGUAUUCGUCCUCCAACAUUCUGGAGGCCCUAUAACUCUCAGUGCUGUGUCAGAAACAAAAAGAAUGAAAGCAACACCAAAUUCUCCACAACGUCAUAUAAUAGCCGGGCUUGCGGCUGUAGUUGGUGGACUGGUAGCACCCUAUGAGAGGGCAUCACAUAUACAUGAUCGCCCUAUCCUUGAUUGGCUUUGGGCUUCAGGUCACCAUCCCUUCGGCCCCUUCUCAAAUACGUCUACCGUGAGCCACAUGCUGCGUGACACUGCAAGGGGUAUUUGCAUAUUGUGUGAUCGUUCUGAGGAUUGCGUGCCUGUGGCUGAUAUGGUGCAGCGUAAUGCAGUCUAUGCCCGCAUGCAUGUCGCGUUGAAAACUAUAAGAGAGUCCACUGAUAACAUCCAAGCAUUUAUCAGUGAGCACCUUCGCACACCUAUGGGAGAAGAAGUUAAAGGCGAGAAGAAGAAAAACAAAGUAGAGCUAUGGAUUGACAAGUUCUAUAAGAAAACAACCGCCUUGCCAGCCCCCCUACCACAUGAAAAAAUGGAGAGGUUGGAGAACUAUUUGUCCACUUUGGAGGAUCAGCUGGUGCAACUGUCAUCCCUUCUUUACGAUCACCAAAUCAAGGACGCCCUAGGAAACGCUUCCACUGUCAUGCAGUCUGCUCUUUUUACCCAAGACUAUGUAGAACACAUGAUAGCAUCGGAGAGGGAUACUAUGCGGUGCUGCAAAGUUAUUUAUGCGAGGGCAGUGCAGUCCACACAGACAUUCCUUUACGGUGGAAUUCUAGUAGCUGGAUUCCUCGUGUACUUUUUGGUAAUAUAUUUCUCUUCUUCAGAGCGAUGAUAUUCAUCUGUUUGUCUAAAGUUAGACCUUCCCUCUUCCUCGCUCGCCCUCUGACUCCAACUCAUCUUGGAUAGCCCAAGUUUUCAACAGUUCAUAAAGACGAUUUAAGGCACGGACAACGUAGUGUUUGCACAUCUGCAUCUUGUAUGUAUAAAGCACCAUGUUCAAUAGCCAAUUUAAACUGCAUUGUUA